CUCAAAUAAAACUUCCCACCUUGUUUUCCAACUUCUAGAACCCUCCACGCUCUCCCAUAAACCUCCCUCACUUCUUUCAGUAGGGUUUUUAGUUUCACUCCUGUUUCUCUAAACCCAAAAUUUUAUCUUCUUGGUCUUCUCUCUAUUUCUCUAGGGCUUUACUUUGAUGGCUCCAGUUCUAAGCAGAAGCUUAGCUACUCCAUCUUUAGCCUCUCUCCCUUUGACAAACCCCAACAAGGCCUUCAAUCUCAGAACCGCUUUUCUACCUCCAAAUGCCCUCAACAAGGCCUUCUCUUGCUCUCGAUUGAGGUGGAAACUUGAGAAGAGAAACAACCGGAUAGCGGUUCGAUGUGAGGCUUCAGCUGUCGCUGAGAAAGAGGCCGAAGAGACCUCCGGGGAGAAAUUUGAGUACCAAGCCGAGGUUAGUCGCUUGUUGGAUUUGAUUGUUCACAGUCUAUACAGUCAUAAAGAGGUCUUUCUGAGAGAGCUUGUAAGUAAUGCAAGUGAUGCUUUAGAUAAGCUUAGAUUCUUAAGCGUGACUGAACCCUCUCUGCUUGGAGAUUCGGGAGAACUAGAGAUACGCAUCAAACCUGAUCCAGAUAAUGGGACUAUCACUAUAACGGAUACGGGAAUUGGAAUGACCAAAGAAGAGCUUAUUGACUGUCUUGGAACAAUUGCUCAAAGUGGUACUUCCAAAUUUCUUAAGGCUCUUAAGGAAAAUAAGGAUCUAGGGGCAGACAAUGGUUUGAUUGGGCAAUUUGGUGUUGGAUUCUAUUCUGCUUUUCUUGUUGCUGAGAAGGUUGUUGUGUCCACAAAGAGUCCAAAGUCAGACAAGCAAUAUGUUUGGGAAGCUGUAGCAGACAGUAGCUCCUAUGUGAUUAGGGAGGAAACUGAUCCAGAAAAUAUUCUAGUCCGUGGCACACAGAUUACACUUUAUUUAAGGUCAGAUGACAAGUAUGAAUUCUCAGAUCCCACCAGAAUUCAGAAUCUGGUGAAGAAUUAUUCCCAGUUUGUUUCUUUCCCAAUCUACACUUGGCAAGAAAAAUCAAGGACAGUUGAGGUAGAGGAGGAAGAACCACCAAAAGAAGGAGAAGAAAACCCAGAAGAAGUGAAGAAAAAGAAGACGACUAAAACUGAGAAGUAUUGGGACUGGGAAUUAGCAAAUGAAACAAAGCCAAUAUGGAUGCGAAAUCCUAAGGAGGUUGAAAAAGACGAGUACAAUGAAUUCUACAAGAAGACUUUCAACGAAUUCUUGGAUCCACUUGGAUAUACUCACUUCACAACAGAGGGUGAGGUGGAGUUUAGGAGUGUUCUGUAUAUUCCUGGCAUGGGUCCUCUAAACAAUGAGGAUGUAGUAAACCCAAAAACAAAGAACAUACGUUUGUAUGUGAAACGUGUAUUUAUCUCAGAUGAUUUUGAUGGAGAGCUGUUUCCACGAUACUUGAGCUUUGUGAAGGGUGUUGUGGACUCUGAUGAUCUUCCACUUAAUGUUUCUCGAGAGAUCCUCCAAGAAAGCCGUAUUGUGAGAAUUAUGAGAAAGAGGCUUGUCAGGAAAACUUUUGACAUGAUUCAGGAGAUUUCUGAAAGUGAAAAUAAGGAGGAUUACAAAAAGUUCUGGGAGAACUUUGGCAGGUUCCUAAAGUUGGGAUGCAUUGAAGACUCUGGUAAUCACAAGCGUAUAACACCAUUGCUUCGGUUUUACACAUCAAAAAGUGAAGAGGAAUUGACAAGUUUGGACGAGUAUGUUGAAAAUAUGGGUGAGAAUCAAAAGGCUAUUUAUUACUUGGCAACCGACAGCUUGAAAAGUGCCAAGACUGCUCCAUUCUUGGAGAAGUUGGUUCAAAAAGACAUUGAGGUUCUCUAUUUAGUUGAGCCUAUCGAUGAGGUUGCCAUUCAGAACCUGCAGACCUACAAAGAGAAGAAAUUUGUUGAUAUUAGCAAGGAAGACUUGGAACUUGGUGAUGAAGAUGAGGUAAAAGAGAGAGAAACCAAACAAGAGUUCAAUCUUCUCUGUGAUUGGAUAAAGCAACAACUGGGAGACAAGGUGGCCAAAGUCCAAAUUUCUAAGCGACUAAGUUCAUCACCUUGUGUGCUUGUUUCUGGCAAGUUUGGAUGGUCAGCUAACAUGGAAAGGUUGAUGAAAGCACAAGCGCUUGGAGAUACAGCAAGUUUGGAGUUCAUGAGGGGAAGGAGGAUCCUGGAGAUUAAUCCAGAUCAUCCGAUUAUUAAAGACUUGAAUGCUGCUUGCAAGAAUGCGCCUGAAAGCAGUGAAGCCAAGAGAGCAGUUGACUUGUUGUAUGAUACGGCAUUGAUCUCCAGUGGUUUUUCUCCUGACAGCCCUGCCGAGUUAGGUAACAAGAUAUAUGAGAUGAUGGCAAUGGCACUUGGAGGAAGAUGGGGUAGAUAUGAGGACGAUGAUGAAGUGGAAGCAUCAGAAGUUAGUGCUGCUGAAACUGAUACGAGUGCCAGUGAAGCUUCAGAGAACCAAGUGAUCGAACCAUCGGAAGUAAGGACAGAGAGUGAUCCUUGGCAAGAUUGAAGUGUCGUAAAAUUUAAAUAAAAAUUUUCCUGUAUUAUCUGAUUGCUAUUAACAAAAUAAUCCAGAAGGAAAGAAAAGUUGUGGGUUCGGUUGGGGAAGAUGAGGAGGUUAGUGAUAAUGGCUGUUCCUAUGGUGGAUUAAAGUUACUUAUACGUGAUGAUUUUAAUUUUUAAAGCAUCCAAGUAAAGUUGUCUUUUGAGUU